GAGGAGCUGCAAGUGGACAGAGGUGAGGAGGUGGAGACAGCCCGCCCACGUAGGUGGCCGCCGCUUUCAGGAGCUCGGCUGUGAGGAAGAACAGGGAAGCUAGGUAGGGGCACCAGGAUGCUGAUGGGAACAAUUCUGUAGAGAGGCAGAAACUGAGGAUUCAGGGAGAGAGGGGCUGACUAGUGGGGCAGGAGCCCCGAGAAGGCCUAAGGAAGGGAUGGGGGACCCACGUGAAAAAUGAGGGAGUUUCCUGGCUGGUGAUUCCUGUCUUGUUCAGUUUAAAUGAGAUGAGGGCGUAGGAGGGAGGGAUUGGAGGUUUGAAAAAAAUGGGAAAGUUACCAGAUAUUCCUCGUUAAAUCUGCGGAUACUCUGUUCGAGGUUAAGACUAUUGGGCCACCUGAAUCCAGGGGCAGACGGAAGGAAAAGGACAGAUCUUCACAGGAAUAUCACCAGUGCCCUGUUUCAAUCUUCAGAGCAGGCUCCUGAAAAACCCCCUCCCUUCCAAACUAUAGGAGUCCUGAUCUGGAGGUUCUCCUGUGCCCUCUUUUCUGAGAGCGAUGAUUUGUAGAGACCGCUAAGACAGGCAGGUAGCGUAGCCAAUGGGGCCGCUAGCUGGGAGAUUCUAAAGAGUGGAGCAGUUAGGGAGAAGGGGCGGUUUCCUGAUGAGCAGAGGCCUUAAGUGGGAGAAGGGAGAAAAAGUGGGGCUUCAGACUUGUGGCAACAGAAGGAGGGGCACAGAUGGUCCAGACAGGAUCCUUCCUGGAGAAACUUGGCUGCGAGUGAGAACCUGGUCUUUUAAUCACCCUUCAACACAUGUUCUUGGAGAUUUGGCUUUUAAAUUUGAGCUAACUGGGAUUCAGCCACAACGCUGUCACUGAAGGAAGAGAAGCAAAGAGCUGUGGGUCUAGACACCAACUAUUUCACCUACCACGAGAGUCAGCAGGCAUGGGCAGAGUUCUCCAGGUCUUGGAUUCCAUCGACCCUUGAGAGGCUGAGCUGAUGGCUGCAGCAGCGUUGGCGGGACUGAUCCCUGUGUUACACUCUGUGGCCGGUGACAAAUCUGGCUACUACAUUGGGCGGCAGCUGUGGUUUGGCUUCAUUGCCGUGUAUGGAAUGGUGGUGUAUGUGGUCCGCAUGCCCUGGUCCCCCAUCCAUGAAGAUUUCUGGUGCCAUGGCAACAUCACCGAUCCUUGUUUGAUUGAGUGUUUUGAAAACAGUUUCAGCAGUCCUGUAGUGGGAAUUUGGUACUUCUUUUUCUUCAUCUUCCUGGCCCUCUUCUUCCUCAUGGAAUUCUUCAUGGCUCAGAUUCGGCAUAAGCAAAUCAAGGUCAAGUCAGUGGAGUCAGCGGCAGGUGAAAUGGAGGAGGGUUCAAUGGUGGGAAUCCAGGAGCACAUCCCCUUUCCAAAGAAGUCCAUCCUGAACUUCCAUCAGGAGAAGAUGCUUUUGCUUUUGUACCUCCUUUACUUCCUCCUGCAAGUUGGCACUCAGUGUGUGUUUUUGUUCUUUCUUAUCUGCCAUCACUUGCCGCUGGUGAGCCAGGCCAUCAUUCACUGCAGAACGGAGAGCUGUCCUGGACCCUACCUCUGCCUGAUCAGGGGGACCAUGGAGAAGCGGAUGUCCAUCUACACCCUCAUCACCUUGUCCUUCAUGGUCAUCCUCUGCUGCUUGGCUUUCUUCAUGUACAGCAUCCACCACUACCUGUUAAAGGGGCUCUCAACUGCUAAGUUUUGGUUUGGCUGAUGUUAGAAGUUCUGACUGAGAGUCCU